AUGGCUUUAAAUUUAAUAGAAAGAUUAGUAACUUCAUUAUUAAGAAUAUUCAUAAAUAUUAAGCAUAUAUCGAUCAUAAUGGAUGGUAACAGAAGAUUUGCAAAAGAUAACGGUUUUCAUUCUUCUUUAGGUCAUUAUAUGGGAUCAAAAGCAUUAAUUAAAGUUAUAGAAAUAUGCAUUAGUUUAAAUAUAAAGUUUUUAUCAGUAUUUUCACUAUCUUUAUUAAAUUAUAACAGAAGUCCAGAUGAACUAUAUUUUUUAUUUUAUUUAAAUUUGCACUAUUUAUCUAAUGAAGAUUUUUUUAAUAAUUUUAUUAAAAAUAAUAGAAUAAGGAUUAAAAUAAUAGGAAACUUAUCAUAUAUCAAUGAUUCCUAUAGAAAAAUUAUAAAUGAUAUAGAAGAAAAAACUAAAGAAUUUGACAAUUUAAUUUUAAAUAUCUUUUUCUCAUAUACCAGUAGAAAUGAAAUGAGUUUAUGCAAAUUUAUGCCUAACUUGUAUUUUGACACUUAUAAAAAUUUAUUAGAAGAACGAAAUAUAUGUUAUUCUUCAUACUUACUAAAAAAUUUUAUCAAAGAAAAUAAUUACGAAUCUUCAGAAAAUUUAAUAAAAAAUGAGCAUAUUGAUUCAACCAAAAUUUAUAAAACAAAAUGCUUUUGCGGAAAAGACUCCUUUUUAAAUGAGGAACAAUUAAAUAUAUAUAGUUAUCAUCGAAAAUUACUUACAUGUGAUUUACCACCGCCAAAUAUUUUAAUACGAACAUCAGGAGAGCAGAGACUAUCUGAUUUUAUGUUAUAUCAAAUUUCAGAAUUCACGGAAAUUUAUUUUAUCAAUGAACAUUGGCCAAUCUUUAAUUUUUUACAACUCAUUUAUAUUAUCUUGCAUUACACUAUUUUUCAAACAACAGAAUGGGCAUUUUCUUAUUCAAACCCUUGUCCACAUUAA